AGAUUCCCCUCUGUCUAUCCGCCUCGGUCUCUCCCCUCUGCUGGCCUGCCUGUCUGCCUGCCUUGAUCCGAACGCAGAUCGCUCUGACCAUCCAAGAACUUCUUCCAUUCAAAAGAAAAGCUACUUCACAAUGUCUUUCAGGACCUCAAGUACUUCCUACAGGAGCUCCAGUGCCCCGAGGAACUUCAGCAGCAGCUCCUAUGCUGGACCAGGUGGCAUCACCUCCCGCAAGACCUUCACAGUAAAGAGCUCCUAUGGAGGUGCUGGCAGCAGGGGCUACGGAGGAGCAGGCAUCACCAGCAGCACUGCAUACGGCCUCAGCUCGAUGGGAGGUGCGGGAGGCUUCGGUAUGGGCUAUGGAGGAGGCAUGGCUGGUCAGGGCCCCAUCACUGCCGUCACCGUGAACAAGAGCCUGCUGGCCCCCCUGAACCUCGAGAUUGACCCCGCAAUCCAAGCCGUCCGUACCCAAGAGAAGGACCAGAUCAAGACCCUCAACAACCGCUUUGUCUCCUUCAUCGACAAGGUCCGUUUCCUGGAGCAGCAGAACAAAAUGCUGGAGACCAAAUGGAACCUGCUGCAGGGACAGACCACCACCCGCUCCAACAUUGACGCGAUGUUCGAGGCCUACAUCACCAACCUGCGCAGACAGCUGGACAGCCUGGGCAAUGACAAGAUGAAGCUGGAGGCCGACCUCCACAACAUGCAGGGCCUGGUGGAGGACUUCAAGAACAAGUAUGAAGAUGAAAUCAACAAGCGCACAGAGUGUGAAAAUGACUUUGUCCUCAUCAAGAAGGAUGUGGAUGAGGCCUACAUGAAUAAGGUUGAGCUGGAGGCCAAGCUGGAGAGUUUGACAGAUGAGAUCAACUUCCUGAGGUCGAUCUACGAGGAGGAACUGCGUGAGCUGCAGAGCCAGAUCAAGGACACCUCAGUCAUUGUGGAGAUGGACAACAGCCGCAACCUGGACAUGGACUCCAUUGUGGCUGAGGUCAGGGCACAGUACGAGGACAUUGCCAACCGCUCUCGUGCUGAGGCAGAGACUUGGUACAAGACCAAGUAUGAAGAGAUGCAGACCUCUGCCACGAGAUAUGGCGAUGACCUGCGAGCAACCAAAACAGAGAUCGCAGACCUCAACCGCAUGAUUCAGAGGCUCACAUCAGAGAUUGAUUCCAUCAAGGGACAGCGUGCCAACCUGGAGGCCCAGAUUGCUGAGGCGGAGGAGCGCGGUGAGAUGGCUGUGAAGGACGCCAAGGGUCGCAUCAAGGACCUGGAGGACGCACUGCAGAGAGCCAAGCAGGACAUGGCCCGUCAGAUCAGGGAGUACCAGGAUCUGAUGAACGUCAAGCUGGCUUUGGACAUUGAGAUUGCCACCUACAGGAAGCUGCUGGAGGGAGAGGAAGACAGACUGGCAAACGGCAUCAAGUCUAUCAACAUCUCCCAACAGAGCUCAAGCUAUGGCGGUUUCCCCAUGGACAGCAUGAAGAGCAGCUACUCCAGCGGAUACAGCAGCGGAUUCAGCAGCGGUUACGGUGGCAGCAAGGGCGGCUACAGCAGCGGCGGCUUCAGCAGCGGCAGCGGCGGCUUCGGCAGCGGCGGCUUCAGCAGCGGCAGCGCUGGCGGCUACAGCACCACUCAGACCAAGAAGAAUGUCGUCAUCAAGAUGAUCGAGACCAAGGACGGCAGGGUGGUGUCCGAGUCCUCUGAGGUCAUGGAGGAUUGAGCUGUUCAGAUUAGAGGUGCAGCUACCUGCCUGCUACGAUCUCCUCUGCCUCUCUGGUAGUUUUAUACCCACAGCUCACCCACCUCAACUAUUGUACUAAAUCAGUCUGAAGUAAAAUGCUUUCUGGCCACUCUCCAAUAGAGCACAAACCUGUUUUUAAUGAAGCAAUAAAUGAUCCUAACACUACCAAAGAUCUGAGAAAGGGACCAACGAACUCAUUCAGUAUGUCUGAUGUCUGAAUGUUUGUACUAAAAGAAGUAGCUUUGCAUCAAGCAGUGAAUUUCAACUUGGGCAAAUUGCAAAUAGGGAAAACAUUUGAAAAAAAAAAACCUUUGAAGCACACUCCUAUGAAGUCUAUGCAAGUGCUAAUCCAGACAUGAAGGGCUGUAGUGUUGCAUUUAAUGGACGGUGAUCUUGUCAAAGGAAUGUGAAUUUACUGAAACAGAGCUUCAGUGUUGUUGGUUAACCUUUGUCUCAAAAUUGCCUGCUACAGAAGGUAGUGCAUGUCUUCCCUGUGCCUGUUCUGUAACUGAAACUGUUCAAGCCUUUAGGAAGCUGCCCGUGUCACACUGUUGUCCUGAGGUGCUGUUUUUGCUACCAAACUGAAUAAAAAUGUGUUUACUGAAUGA